AUGUCCAGAUAUUCUCCCAUGAUAUGGCUGUCGCGACAGUUUCCGCGUACUGAAGGAACCAGUGAUUUAUCACGGCAGCGGCGGCCUCCACCAACGCCGAGGCCAGCGGCGGCCUCCACCAACGCCGAGGCCAGCGGCGGCCUCCACCAACGCCGAGGCCAGCGGCGGCCUCCACCAACGCCGAGGCCAGCGGCGGCCUCCACCAACGCCGAGGCCAGCGGCGGCCUCCACCAACGCCGAGGCCAGCGGAGGCCUUCACCAACGCCGAGGCCAGCGGCGGCCUCCACCAACGCCGAGGCCAGCGGCGGCCUCCACCAACGCCGAGGCCAGCGGCGGCCUCCACCAACGCCGAGGCCAGCGGCGGCCUCCACCAACGCCGAGGCCAGCAGCGGCCUCCACCAACGCCGAGGCCAGCGGCGGCCUCCACCAACGCCGAGGCCAGCGGCGGCCUCCACCAACGCCGAGGCCAGCAGCGGCCUCCACCAACGCCGGCCUCCACCAACGCCGAGGCCAGCAGCGGCCUCCACCAACGCCGGCCUCCACCAACGCCGAGGCCAGCAGCGGCCUCCACCAACGCCGGCCUCCACCAACGCCGAGGCCAGCAGCGGCCUCCACCAACGCCGAGGCCAGCAGCGGCCUCCACCAACGCCGAGGCCAGCAGCGGCCUCCACCAAAGCCGGCCUCCACCAACGCCGAGGCCAGCGGCGGCCUCCACCAACGCCAAGGCCAGCGGCGGCCUCCACCAACGCCGAGGCCAGCGGUGGCCUCCACCAACGCCGAGGCCAGUGGCGGCCUCCACCAACACCGAGGCCAGCGGCGGCCUCCACCAACGCCGAGGCCAGCGGCGGCCUAUACCAACGCCGAGGCCAGCGGCGGCCUCCACCAACGCCGAGGCCAGCGGCGGCCUCCACCAACGCCGAGGCCAGCGGCGGCCUCCACCAACAUCGGCGGCCUCCACCAACGCUGAGGCCAGCGGCGGCCUCCACCAACGCCGAGGCCAGCGGCGGCCUCCACCAACGCCGAGGCCAGCGGCGGCCUCCACCAACGCCGAGGCCAGCAGCGGCCUCCACCAACGCCGAGGCCAGCAGCGGCCUCCACCAAAGCCGGCCUCCACCAACGCCGAGGCCAGCGGCGGCCUCCACCAACGCCGAGGCCAGCGGCGGCCUCCACCAACGCCGAGGCCAGCGGCGGCCUCCACCAACGCCGAGGCCAGCGGCGGCCUCCACCAACGCCGAGGCCAGCGGCGGCCUUCACCAACGCCGAGGCCAGCGGCGGCCUCCACCAACGCCGAGGCCAGCGGCGGCCUCCACCAACGCCGAGGCCAGCGGCGGCCUCCACCAACGCCGAGGCCAGCGGCGGCCUCCACCAACGCCGAGGCCAGCAGCGGCCUCCACCAACGCCGAGGCCAGCGGCGGCUUCCACCAACGCCGGCCUCCACCAACGCCGAGGCCAGCAGCGGCCUCCACCAACGCCGGCCUCCACCAACGCCGAGGCCAGCAGCGGCCUCCACCAACGCCGGCCUCCACCAACGCCGAGGCCAGCAGCGGCCUCCACCAACGCCGGCCUCCACCAACGCCGAGGCCAGCAGCGGCCUCCACCAACGCCGAGGCCAGCAGCGGCCUCCACCAACGCCGAGGCCAGCAGCGGCCUCCACCAAAGCCGGCCUCCACCAACGCCGAGGCCAGCGGCGGCCUCCACCAGCGCCGAGGCCAGCGGCGGCCUCCACCAACGCCGAGGCCAGCGGCGGCCUCCACCAACGCCGAGGCCAGCGGCGGCCUCCACCAACGCCGAGGCCAGCGGCGGCCUAUACCAACGCCGAGGCCAGCGGCGGCCUCCACCAACGCCGAGGCCAGCGGCGGCCUCCACCAACAUGUAACACAACUCUAUUCGGCGGCCUCCACCAACGCUGAGGCCAGCGGCGGCCUCCACCAACGCCGAGGCCAGCGGCGGCCUCCACCAACGCCGAGGCCAGCGGCGGCCUCCACCAACGCCGAGGCCAGCAGCGGCCUCCACCAACGCCGAGGCCAGCAGCGGCCUCCACCAAAGCCGGCCUCCACCAACGCCGAGGCCAGCGGCGGCCUCCACCAACGCCGAGGCCAGCGGCGGCCUCCACCAACGCCGAGGCCAGCGGCGGCCUCCACCAACGCCGAGGCCAGCGGCGGCCUCCACCAACGCCGAGGCCAGCGGCGGCCUUCACCAACGCCGAGGCCAGCGGCGGCCUCCACCAACGCCGAGGCCAGCGGCGGCCUCCACCAACGCCGAGGCCAGCGGCGGCCUCCACCAUCGCCGAGGCCAGCGGCGGCCUCCACCAACGCCGAGGCCAGCAGCGGCCUCCACCAACGCCGAGGCCAGCGGCGGCUUCCACCAACGCCGGCCUCCACCAACGCCGAGGCCAGCAGCGGCCUCCACCAACGCCGGCCUCCACCAACGCCGAGGCCAGCAGUGGCCUCCACCAACGCCGGCCUCCACCAACGCCGAGGCCAGCAGCGGCCUCCACCAACGCCGGCCUCCACCAACGCCGAGGCCAGCAGCGGCCUCCACCAACGCCGAGGCCAGCAGCGGCCUCCACCAAAGCCGGCCUCCACCAACGCCGAGGCCAGCGGCGGCCUCCACCAGCGCCGAGGCCAGCGGCGGCCUCCACCAACGCCGAGGCCAGCGGCGGCCUCCACCAACGCCGAGGCCAGCGGCGGCCUCCACCAACGCCGAGGCCAGCGGCGGCCUAUACCAACGCCGAGGCCAGCGGCGGCCUCCACCAACGCCGAGGCCAGCGGCGGCCUCCACCAACAUCUCCAACUUGCCAACCCCAGGAUCCCGGUGAAGCGGUGUGUCAGUCCAAAGACCCCAAUGAAGCGGAGUGUCAUCCCCAGGAUCCCGGUGAAGCGGAAUGUCAGCUCAAAGACCCCGAUGAAGCGGUGUGUCAGUCCAAAGACCCCGUUGAAACGCUGUGCUCAGAACCAGAGUAACAAUGUGUGGAAUAAUAAUGUGCAGAAUGCAGGAGCAACCUCUCAGUCCCCCAGGAACAAGGUCACGAGUUUAAAUUACUCUUACACAAAUGGCAGAAGCCUAGUAAAUAAAUUAGAUGCAUUGUGUGCAUGGGCUGAGGCUGAGAAUCCCGACAUCAUUGGCAUCAGUGAAACAUGGGGACAGCAGGACAUAAUAGAAGGGAUAUUCUUCCAUCUCUCAGGAUACCAUCCACCAUUCAGAAAGGACAGAGCAACAAAAGCAGGUUGGGUAAUGCUAUAUGUGAAAGAGAACCUGAAUGAAACCUCCAAUGAGGAAUUAAAUGCCAUGGGAUCCUCAGCGUGUGUAUGGUGCAACAUAUUAGCUCAGGAUGGUAGUAAACUGAGGGUGAGAGUAUGCCACAGGCAUGACACAGCAGCAACAGCAGCAGCAGCAGAGGAAGUUGCUGAUCUGCCUAAUGUAAUCAGUGACACAUCAAAAACCCAAAUCCUUACAAUCGGGAACUUUAACCACGAGAUCACAUAUUGGAUGACAAUAAAAUUUAUGAAAAAGUGGAAAGUGAAAAUGAUACUGAGGUCUUACAAAGAGCUCUUCAUGAACUUCACAAAUGGUCUGAAGAUUGGGAAAUGA